CUAAAGUUUCAUCCUUCCAAUUUCUCACAUCUUGGUGACCACGCCAGAUAUAAGGUUGUACAAAAUAAAAAGUCACUGGGUAUAUACAUUUGGCAUUACAAAAGACGUAAACAAGCAUGCGCUUUACUCUAGUACAGUGAAUGACAAAAUGAAUGAUAACUCGUUGUUUGAUUACAUUGUAUUAUUUAACUUUUAAUUCAGAACACAAAGUUUUGUAUGUAAAAACAUGAAUCGUCAUCCAAAUGUGGAUUAUAAGAAUCGAAGUGAGCCGCAAGUUGAAUUAGAAAGUCAAUUUAUUUUACGUUUACCACCGGAACCAGCACGAGUUUUAAGAGAUAUUUUACGUUCUGGGUUGCCUUUGAAGGACAGAUUAAGUAUUAAGUUGGAAAAUGAUAUGCGUUAUGGAGAGGUUAGAUUUGACCAUUGGUUGCUUCAUGCUAAGGUUGUGGACCUACCAACAAUUGUGGAAUCUUUAAAAACUAUUGACAAUAAGAGUUUUUAUAAAACAGCUGAUGUCUGUCAGUUGUUGAUUUGUAAGGAAGAAGAUGAUCAUACUACAACAGAUGAAGAGUCCCCAGUACGACAAAAAAAGAAAGAUCCAAAUAAAGUAGACAAGAAGUUUUUAUGGCCACAUGGUUUAACACCUCCUACAAAAAAUGUCAGACGUAGAAGAUUUAGAAAGACUUUGAAAAAGAAAUAUGUAGAAGCUCCAGAAAUUGAAAAGGAAGUCAAACGUCUAUUGAGGGUAGACAAUGAGGCUGUUAAUGUUAAGUGGGAAGUAAUUUGUGAAGAUGAAGAUCAAUCUAAGCCAAGUAAAGUAUCAUCAUCUGGUACAGUGAAAACUAAACGAGAAAGUAUUAAUGGUAAUACUUCCCAGAGCCUUGAUGUUGCUGAACACGAUAUAUUUGGUGAGCCGGUAAGCGAUAGCGAAGAAGAUGACGAGGAAGCAAAUAUAAAUGUGAUGGAAUUGGAUGAUAAUAGCAGGCUUUCAGCAGAUAGUAGGGUAUCAGAUUCUAAUUCCAUGCAAGCUGCAUAUUCAGAAAGAUCUGCUAAUAAUACAGCAACAAAUAGCAAUCUUGUUACGGAAUUUAGUAAAGAAAUGUUCCAAAAUGAUAACAAUAUAGAAACAGAAGGAGAAAAACCGGAAGAUGUACCACAAUCAAAAGUGCCUAAAAUUGAACAAUUUCAUUCAGAAUAUAUUAUUCCAGAAACCUUCCCAGAAUUACCUCCUGCCACUACAUCAAAAGAUUCGUUACAAACGCGUCUUGCGACUUUACAUACUGAAUUAACUGAAUUACGUCAAAGAAGACAACAACAAGAAAUUGAAAUUGCUAAUAUUGAAAACGUUAAAUUACGACAAAGAUUUCAAGAAAUAUUAGACAAUCUAUUAACGCAAGAAAUGCAGAAAGUUCAAGAGAUUCAAGAUCUAGAACUGGGAUAAUUUCUGUAUUACACUAUUAAAUAUUGUAAUUAUUUUUUUUUAUUAUAAUAGACUUAAAUUAUAGAUACACAUAUUAUGUAAUAUUUGUAAUUUCUAUAUGUAAGAUGAAUGUAAGAUAAGGUUGUUUGAAGAUUAAAAAAAAUAAAUAAAUUUGAAUAAUAUAA